CUGAAAAGUGCUCUGUACGUCAAGCAGGAGGCUUGGACGCGUCCCGGUUUGACCAGGUCUGCUAGAGUUCUGGUUGAGGAACUUCUGGUUGGUGUUUGGGGCCGCAGGAAUCUGCAACCAUGGAUGACUUACAUGUGCCUCGAGACCUGCUUUAGAUUUGGGUUUUCCUGAAAUCCUUGCAACUACGCUAACGUUGAAUGAAUUGUAGAACAGACCUAUGGUAGAAUUAGAAUUUUGAAGCACUGUCUUGAAGACUCAGGACUGUAAUUCUGGCUACUUGGGAAGUAGAAGCAGAAAAUUUGUAGACGCAAGGCCUGCUUGGUCUACAAGAAAUGCUGAUCAUGAAACUUUUUGAAAUUCACCAUCAGGCCGGUGGUGGCAGAGUCAACAUUGAACUAUGCUUCGUGGUGUUCUUGGAAAGGCCUUUCGACUUGCUGGCUAUACCAUUCAAUAUGGCUGUAUAGCUCAUUGUGCUUUUGAAUACGUUGGUGGUGUUGUAAUGUGUUCUGGACCAUCAAUGGAACCCACAAUUCAAAAUUCAGAUAUUGUCUUUGCAGAAAAUCUUAGCCGACAUUUUUAUGCUAUCCAAAGAGGUGACAUUGUAAUUGCAAAAAGUCCAAGUGAUCCAAAAUCAAAUAUUUGUAAAAGAGUAAUUGGUUUGGAAGGAGAUAAAAUCCUCACUACCAGUUCAUCAGAUAUCUUUAAAAGCCAUAAUUAUGUGCCAACAGGUCAUGUUUGGUUAGAAGGUGACAACUUACAGAAUUCUACAGACUCCAGGUACUACGGACCUAUUCCAUAUGGACUAAUACGAGGACGGAUCUUCUUUAAGAUUUGGCCUUUCAGUGAUUUUGGAUUUCUGCGUGACAGCCCAAAUGGCCACAGAUUUUCUGAUGAUUAGCAAGCAUUUACUUUUUUGAAUUGAUUAUUGUCUCCUAUUCAAAUGAAUUUAUUACUGCAGUUGAAACCAUGAACUUACAAAUAAACUAUUUGCUACUCAGUUUUA